AUCUUUCUCGUAGAAAUACAACCAGUCGAUUGCUUCAAUUCUUGUCCUGCCCAUACGAUCAAGCGAAAUUUGCGCACUCAAAGCGCUCUUCUACCGGAGCUUCUGCCUCCAACACUCAACAUAUCGACCAUCUUACAUUACCAUGGUGGAACUCAGGAAAAGGCCGGCGCCGGCUGCGCCUGCUCCAGAACCAAAGAAGAGAGCUCCAUCGAAACCAAGAGUCCCAAAGGAGACGUCAAAACCUGCCGCCAAAGCUGAACCGACUGCGACUAAAGCUGCCCCAGAGCCAGAGAAGAAGCCCUCAGCAGCAGCAGCAGCGAAAUCCGGUCCGGCCAAGGUCGGCGACACCAUCACCGACCUUGACUCGUUCGGCGGGGACAUUGUGACCAACGAUGGCGAGAAGACGACUCUUGCGAAGCUUCUGGCCGCCAGCAAGGCCGGCGUUGUCCUGUUCACGUACCCAAAAGCCUCGACACCAGGCUGCACGAAACAAGUCUGCUUCUUUCGCGACUCUUACGAUGCUCUGACGUCGACAGGUCUCUCGAUCUACGGUCUCAGCACAGACUCGCCGAAAUCGAACACAACUUUCAAGACGAAGCAGAACCUUCCAUAUCCACUUCUUUGCGAUCCUUCAGCGACCUUGAUCAAGGCGAUCGGUCUGAAAAAAGCGCCAAGCGGAACCACCCGUGGAGUUUUCGUAAUUGAUAAGAGUGGGAAAGUGUUGGCUGCUGAGCCAGGUGGUCCGGAGCCGACCAUGCAGGUUGUCAAGAAGCUGGUCGAUGCAAGUGGAGCGUCAGGUGGUGCAGAGAAGAAGGAAGAUAAGGAGAAGGCGGAGACGGCUGCUGAGGUUGCGGAUACUGCGGAGAAGGUCGAUGCUGCUUGAGGUGUCUUGUGCGAUACAUGCUUGAGCUCAAUAACCUCAAGUACGGAACUGACACCCGUCUUGACUCUGA